AUGGACGACAACUACCGCAUCGUUUCUGUUGCUCCUGAACCCGAGCCCGAGAAGCACGACGACAGCCCUACGUUCGCCGACUUCUUUGACGCGGUCACCACCCCAAAACACGGCGAAGACGACUGUGCCGACUUCCUCCGCGAUACCUGCCGCGAGUCGAGCACUUGGCGUACCAUCGCGAAUCGCAAGGGACGGCAGGAGUGGCUCAUUAGGGCUAUAGAGACCACCGGUUUUGCUGCACAAGUUGCCGACAUACUCGUGCGGUACCCGUUCGAAGGGCCGGAGUUUCUGGCACGAAAGAUGACGUCCAAGGGCAAGGAGCGCGCCGUGCCUCCCGUACCGAAGGGUAUGGCUCGUGUUAAGUGGUACCCGUCGACCAAGGCUGUAGGGAGAUGGCCGAAAGGACUGGGGAUACUCUGGACGGAUGUCCAACUGGAGGUCGACGGCAGCCUCGACCUGCAGGGGCUCACGAAGUCUUGGGGCAUGCAGAACUGCUAUGUCAUCCAAUCGGGGCACGAGAGGCUGCGCUUGACGAAAGAGCCUGUCGAGAAGUUAUCUGCGGUCUCACUCGCGAUGCUCCUUGCAAACAACAAUGUGAUCGGGGUAAGCAACCCACAGCGUCCAUGGUAUCGGCACGUCAACUACGGGCAUCAACGUCUCAAAUGCAUUGGCCUUCGUGGGCGAUGUCCUGCGGCCCGCGUGGAAGUCCCUUUCUGGAUCCUCCUCGACAUCCUGCGCCACAUCCUCGACGGCCUCAAGUGGAUCGACUGCCUCCUCUAUAGAUUGUACCGAGGCUUCCUCGACGUCGUCUGCCCCUUCGUCUGGCUGGCCGUCAUCGGUCUCCUCGGUUUCAUCUUCAGCUCCCUCCUCUGGCUUGCACGGCCCGUGUUUCCGUGGGCCGUCGCCGCGAUGGAAGCCUUCUUUCUCUCGGAGCAGGAGCUGGCGGAGCUCGAGCGUCGCCGUCACGCGGAGCGGCGCUGGGAGAGGGUUUCCCGCAGGGAGCGAGGCUACACAGUCCGUGAACCAAACCUCGGAAAGUAA